UGAUGAGAAAGAAUGCUGGAAAUGUAAUAUCCUGAUUCCCAUCUUUCAUUAGAGGAAAUAUGCACUUGAUGGCCAACACUCGAGUCCUUCACGACUGUUCUGGCGUCUGGCGGAUGUUGGGCGCCGCUCUUCCUUAAUUCCAUUAUCGAGACUCGAGAGUGCCAGAUCCAGAAAGUUAAAAUUAGCUAUUGCUUCCCUGUGCUUUGUUUCGCAUUGGUACAUUUGUAGUGUUAUUACCAAAUUAGCUCGAUACACUAUUCACCAGUUGAUGCAACGUGGAGAUGGAACAUUUCCUGGAGAAGUGAAAAAGUGUUGAUAGAGGAAACAGAUCUUCCGCUGGGUGGUGGGCGGCGUGAGAAUACCCUUGUCUCUUCAGAGGCGAGGCAGUGACUGCCAUAUCCAGUUAUACGUCUUCACUCUUCAGUGCAAGUCUUGCCGCCGCGCGCGACGGGGUAACAUUUUUGUGUCACUGGUGUUUCGAAGGGGUUGUGAAAUUUUUUACGUUUCCUGCGCCUCUGCACCGGGAAGGGUCAUCUCGUAACUUUGAAAACUUGUCGAAAUGUUGAAACUUCCUUUUUGGUUACUCUUUCUUGUGGCGGCGGCUUUCGGCUCCUCGGCUCAAACACGGCCUCUGGGCAUUGGCGCUGAGCCAGGAGGAACGGGGCAAGCGAUAGCAUCCUCCCCCACCCAGCCUGGCUCCUCCUCCCUGCCGUGGCUCCUGCGGGCGGCGGUGACGGCGUGCCAGCGGGUGCUGGCCUAUUACGGGAGACACGCGGGGCUCAUGAACCUGGACGCACUGCUGGGGACGAGGAUUGCUGAAGGACAGUUUCACCUCGGCCUGCGGGACCUAGCAUCGGGGGGAGGGGCGGGGCGAGGAUAUGCCAGGGCGGAGCUCGCCGUGGCGGGUGAGCUGAGGCGCCUCUUCGCAGCCGCUGGACUGGUGGGUGACGCCGCUGGUGCCCACCUCGGAAGGGAGAACCGGCAAUAUACUGGACUGCUGUCAAUGUUGCAGGGGCGUUUUUGGGCGGUGAGAUUGGCCGUUCUGCCGCUCCCUGAACCCACGCACACACCUCAGCUGGUUCUCCCCGGUCACGAGCAGCUGUCCCCGGAUCAAACCGACAGGUGCUUGGAGGAGGUGGGGGGUUGGCGGGGAUGUGUCGUCACCAAGAGCUGUUGGGACCUCAUGACCGCCGGGAUCUACUCGGGCUACUCCCUCACCCACCAGGUCCUUUACCUCAUCGCCGGCGUCCAGGCUGGGUGUGGCGCCCGACUGGACCACCUUGCCGUCGGGGAAGGCAUCGCUAGCGGCGUGAGCGACAUCCUCGCCCGCAUGUGCUCCGCUGUGUUGGCCGAAGCGCGGGAGAUCUCCAAAACUGGCUUCCCUGAUCUUCAUCGUGACCUCUUUAUGGAACAAGGAGCUCUGUGCGGAAUGCUGGGCUACCACGCCUUCUUCCCCGAGGCGUGGGUGAGGCGUGUGCUCUCGUGGCAGCGGCGAGAAGGGUGCUUCGGGGAUGCCACACUGCUCCCAACAGACAAUCGGGUCGUUCCCCAGCAGGACCCAGCCCACAGGAGGGUUCGCCGCGCGGAGCUUGCCAUGACGAGCGGCUGCCUCGCCCACCGCUCCGCCGUGGCGCUGGGCUACCUCGCCGCCUUCACCCGCCACGCCGCCGCCAACGCCUCCGCCGCCUCCACUCGCCUCCCUUGAGCCUCACCCCGUCACCCGCCACGCUCGUAACAGCUGUGAUGGGAAACACUGAGGACUACGCGAAUGAUGACCCGAGCAUUCAUUAGGUGGUUAAGGAGUGACGCUGGCAAUGUCUGGCGUCUGUUACUUCACACGGAGGGUGUAUGUACUUUGAUUGUGAUUACAGUGCGGACGAUAUAUGUCCGCAUUUACUAGAAAAAAAGAAACUAGAAACAGAAAUCUCUCUCUCUCUCUCUCUCUCUCUCUCUCUCUCUCUCUCUCUCUCUCACACAACAGGCAGACGAACGACCAAGUAAAUGAGUAACAAUGAGUGUGUGUGUGUGUGUGUGUGUGUCCGGUAGGUAUUUGUGUUCUGCUCUAAGAAUCAAAUUGGUAUUGUACAGGACUGUGUAGGACAAAAUUAUGUGACCAUGCAAAAUAGAUAUGACAAAUAAGGCAGUAAUUGUGUUGAGUCGAGGAUGAGGCUGCGCUCCAUUAUGAAACACUCGUGCCACAUCGUCACUGUAAUACCGAGGAGGAAAGAAUAAAAGGACAUAAAACAUUAACCAUAGUGAUGAUACAAAUAUCACAAAUAAUUAUCAUAAAAAGUAUAUUAAGUUUUAAUUACCUCAACUCUAAGAAAAGGUCUUGAGUAUCACUGAGAUAAUGUGAAACACUGAAGGGUCGGUUCAC